AAUUGUAUAUUUUGACCACAUAGGUAUGUGGAAGUGAUGAUGCAUGUUGUGACUCACUUGUUUCCGGAUUGUCUUCGAGUACGGAGAGGUUUUGGCACUUAGAGUAAUGGCUUCCAAAGAAGAAGACGGUGAAGAAGACAUCGAAAACAUUGAGGUCCCUGAAUCUGUUGCAGGUCAAGAAAGUGAAAGUCCAUUACUGGACGAUAUAACGCAGUUAGAAGGAUUUCGGGGACGGUGCCAGACAGACACAGGAGUCAUUGUGAGGUUGAGGAAGAAUCCACGGCUCCAGAAGAACCAUAGAUCUAAAGUCGUGACCCUGCUACUGAACAACCAUGAUCUGGAGCAGGAUCUACAGGGUGAUAUCCGGAGUAAACUGCCCAGUGUCCGGAUCAGGAGGUUCACGUCAUCCAGGUCCAUCAAGGACCGGCGGAGGGACCUACACAGGAUCAGCGAGGGCCGAUACGUCAGACCCCGGCCCUUCUGGGAGAGAUACGAGGACCUGAAAAACAGAAAUAGAGUGUCCUUUAGAAAUGUGGCUAGGGCAGUCAAAGUGUCAACCUUGGAGAGAAUAGAAAUACAAGCAAGGAAAUGGCACAAAUGGAGGAUGAUGUUCAAGGACAUUCGUCAAUCCGUGACCUUGUUCCACGGAACUCUCAGACAAAUCGAGGGUCGGUAUGGAAUGGCCAUCAUGACCUACUUUCGCUUUGUGAAAUGGCUGAUGUUCCUGAAUUUUUACAUCAUGGUCAUCAUGUUCACAAUCUUAGUGAUUCCUUAUGCUGCCCUCAAUUCCUCAAGUUUUGAUCUUUAUGUGAGGAACAUUACUUCUCCAGAACUUAAUGUCACAAGUGAGGAGUAUACAAUGAUAAUGCGGACAGUGAACUGUACCCAGCAGUACAUUAAACAUAUAGACAAAAUACAUGGGCCUACACAUUCAAAGGCUACUUUAUUUCUGGAUCUCAUACAAGGCACGGGUUUUAUGGAGAGAUCGAUCAUGUUCUAUGGAGCUUAUAAAAACAGGACCCGUACAGACAAUGGUCAGGAGGUGGUGUAUAAUGUAGGAGUAGCCUACCUCUGCAGCGUCUUCUUCAGCCUUCUCCUCAGUUUUAUCCUAAUCAUCAAAAAUUCUGCCAAAAACAUGAAAGCCUCCCAUGGUGUAGAGAAGUCCGUGGCACAGUUUACCAAUAAAGUGUUUGGUGGCUGGGACUACUGCAUUAAAGAGGUCAAGGCAGCCAGUCAUAAAAGGAACGUCAUUGGAGUCGCAUUAGUGGCUGACCUAGCAGACCAGGAGCGUACAAAGCGGCUUGGUCUCCGUACAUUGGUGGACUGGUUAGAGGUGUGGGGGAUGAGGAUCGUUAUCAAUAUCCUGGUGGUCAUUCUCCUGUGUGGAUCCCUGGCUCUGAUUGGACUCACCACAUCUAAGAUGAUAGAUGAAAGUGAUGGAGAAGGUUCAAGUGCAGCUUCUAACCUGUUCUUCCAGUUUGUUCCUCAUCUAACAAUUAAUUUGCUGAACUUGGUUGUGCCUCGAGUCUUUCAGAAGCUUGUGAUAUUUGAAGAGUACACACAUGAAUUUCAAAUUAAAAUUACACUCUUUAGGAGUAUCCUUCUUCGGUUAGCCUCUCCAGUAGCAUUGAUGGUUAUGCUGUACCAUAAGUUGUUGUUGGAAGAUGAUAAACAGAAAAUUUGUGGAAACAUUCAAUGGACAGAGGAUGAUGACCCAAACUCAGUCAGGUGUUGGGAGACCUAUGUUGGACAGCAGGUUUACAAACUCUUGCUGAUAGAUAUAGUUAUUGUUAUACUGGUGGUUUUACUCUGGCACAGCCCCAGGAGAUAUGUUAAUACAAAAUACAGGGAUCGCUCUAAGAUUGUGAAGUUUAUUGGUCCCCAAGAGUUCGAUUUACCAAAGAGUGUUGUUGAUAUUAUUUAUGCACAGAAUCUGUGUUGGUUCGGUCUACUAUUCUGUCCAUUGAUUCCAGCCUUUACUUUACUACAUAAUAUCAUUGUAUUUUUUGUUAAAAAGUUUGACCUUUUUAAGAACUGCCGCCCUGAGUCCCGGCCAUACAAAACCUCAAAGUCCACGUCACUGUUUAUGAAGGUGUUGUUGCUGUCUUUCAUGUGUGCUGUUAUUCCUGUAGGAUAUGUGAUUGGGAAAAUUCAGCCAAGCCAGAGUUGUGGCCCUUUUCGGAUGUAUGGUGAUGACUCUUAUAAGAUGUAUCACAGCUUAGUUAAUAAUGUGUACUCCUGGGCCAAAGUACCCCAGACUGUGUUCUUCUUCAUUGGGACUGGUAUCUUCGUGGUUCCUCUCCUUGUUCUGUUGCUGUUACUGAUGUAUUAUUACUGGGUGAUUGGAAGUGGAUACGCUACUAAAAAGGAGAUAGCAAUAGAAGACCUGAAAAUGGAGAAGAUGGACACUAAGUUUCUCCUGAAGCGAAUUAACAAGGAAAAGGAGGAACUGCUGAGGAAAGACAGUGAUUGUUGAUACUCAAUGGACAGCCAUGGUAUACUGUCAUAAAGCAGCAGUAGCAUUGUCAUAGCUAUAGCAGUGGAAUCAUUGUCAAAUUAAUAGCAAUACCAGUAUACUAGUGUCAUAAUACUAGUAUCAUUGUCAUAGUAAAAGCAAGGGGAAGUACAGUCAUUUAUAAAAGAUAGAUACAGAAUCUAGUAAUUUUUGGUUACAUGGGCCAUUUUUUAUAUUAAAUUUUACAUCUUUUGUAUGUUUUAUGAACUUAUGUCACUUUACAUGCAUUUUGAUCAUAUUGUAUGGUACCAUUUUUUUCAUACAGCUACAUGCAAGUUAGCAUAAACAUGAUAACUUGAAUAUGCCUUAAUACAACCUUUACUUUUUAUUCCCAUCUAAUUGUGAUGAUAUUGAUACAUUUGCUUCUGUCAGCAAUGUAAAUAUAAUAUGACUUGUGUUCAUUAUUUCUUGUAAAAGCUUAUUUUAACUUGAGAUUGCAUUAUAGGACAGUAACAAGUUGUCAUUUUUUUUUAUAGUAAUAGUUACCUUUAUACAAGAUAUUUUUGUGAAAAAAAAAUGACUUACAAUGUUUGCAUGGAUCUCGUUGCAAUGAAAAUUUUCCUCUUUGUUUUGUAACAAAAAAUGGUGAAAUAGCAUUUGUGUUCACUCUGACUGCAAUGUUUAAUUAGAAAUAUGGUUGUAAUAUACAAAUACUUAUGUUUGUCAUUGUGGGAUAUAUUGUCAGUAAACAGAAAAUGGAAUCUCCGUAUAAGGGGGAAUCUCAUUUUGAGUGCAAACUGUAAAAGGUUGCUAACAGGAAAUAACCUAUAGCAAACUUUAUGUUAAAGUUCACUUAGUAAAACCAUAUAAUAUGAUAUGACCAUAUAAUACCAUUCUAUUAGAGAUCCUGAAGUGCCUGAAGUGUUUAAAUAUCAUAGACAGUAACUUGCAAUAUUAACACACAAAUGUUUCAUGACUUAUAUGAUAUCUUGAUCAAAUGAUUCAGUGGAAAAUAUGCCAAAAUUAAUCAUAAAUUGUAGACUAUUUGCUUAUUUUUAGAGAAAAAGUUUUAAUGCAUCUUUUUAACUAUAUUCAUGUACUGUGUCAUUGUUGUGAAAUAGGCUGCAUUUCAUUUUAUUAGCUCACGGCUCAAGUGAGCUUUUCUGAUCAAAAUUUGUCCGUUGUCUGUUGCCGUUAUUGUUGGCGUCAUUGUCAUAAACUUUUUACAUUUUCGUCUUCUUCUCAAGAACCACAGGACCAAAUUCAACCAAACUUGCCACAAAGUAUCCUUGGGUAAAGGGAAUAUAAUAUAAGUUUGUUCAAAUGAAGGGUCAAGCCCUCUUCCAAGGGGAAACAAUUAUGAAUUAAUGAAGAAUUAAUGGUAUCAUUUAAAAAUCUAUUUCUCAAGAUCCACUGGGCCAGGAAAAAUGAAACUCAAGUGGAAGCAUCCUUGGGUAGUUUAGAUUCAAGUUUGUUCAAAUCAUGACCCCCGGGGUUGGACAAGGCCACAAUGGCCUGUCAAAGUUUUACUUAGGAAUAUACAGGAAAAAUCUUAUCAAGAACUAUUAAGCCAGGAAAGCUGAAACUCAUGUGGAAGCAUCCUUAGGUAGUGUAGAUUCAAGUUUGUUCAAAUCAUGACCCUUUGGGAUAGGGCGAGUCCACAAUGAGGGAUCAAAGUUUUGCAUAAGUAUAUAUAGGAAAAAAAUCUCCUCCAGAACAGAAAAGUUUUGUUUAGUCAAAUUGACAUGUAAGCAUCUGCAAGUACUAGUAGUGAAGUUUUAAAUUUAUUCA